AUGUUCUGGUAUACACAUCAAGAGCCUGGAACUGAAGGAAAGAAUGAUGUAUCGCCGGGGGAACCUGAAUCAGGGCAAGACGAGAUUGUUCUUGCGCAGUCGCCGCAGGGAAGAACUCUGUUACCUGCGCCUGCCGCUGCAGUUGUGAGCGGCAUCACCGGCCUUACCUCGUUCUACGUCCGUGCUGGCACAAAAAUAGGAGGAUGGGGACUAUACGCUGGAAGAGAAGCCACUCUGAAAACUUUAUCUGUGAGCAGAAGCGCGCUCGAGACGGUGCUCAUCGCGGCGGGGAGGGACGUUUCCAGUAGGAGCAAUGGAGAACUUGGUAGGGCAGAAGCAGAGAAUCUGCUAGAGAGAAGUAUAUCAGCGUUGUACUCGACUAUUUCCACAAUCUCCUUUGUGGCGUCAACAGGCUUCUUCCUGACCGAGGCUUCUAUGAACUCGAUAUCCGCUUUGUCUAUUCAAGGACUGUCCACCCUGAACGCAAUUCUUGGCUCAACAGAAUCUUCUCGUGCCGUUGCUGCUAUCAUCACUUUGAUCAGGGACGAGCUUGGGAAACCGGAAUCUGCCAACAGUGCCGAGGUCGCCUCGUACAUGGAUCUCAUCGUCGGGACCGUAGCUUUCGUGAUGCUGCAAAGAUGGGGCAGGCGCAAGACAGAACUCGACUUUCGGAAUGCUGGCGGUGAGGAGACAAUUUGGGAUGCGGUGAUCGACGACAAGGGCUUCAGAGCAGAUGUUGUGGGUACGCGGAGGAAAGACCUCAUCAGCGUUCAUCCAUCCGCAGGCGGACCUGCUAUGAAUUUUUCUUCUCCGGACGAGGAUGAGGAUUUUGAAGCAAUAGAACGAGGGACCUUGUUCGAUCCUUCUGCGAUGACGCUGUCACCACAAGACCACACUAACUUGACUGACCAAGAAAUCAGAGAGCGAAUCGAGAGACAGCUGCCAGCAGGUGCUCGAGCUGUUAUCUCAUCAGAGACGGUGACGGCGAAAACCAUCAAGGUGGAUAUAUAUGGCGCCGACACGGCACAAAUCGACCCCCCGCCUGGUACAGUCAUGGUAGCGGAGCGACUGAACCACCAAGCCUCCGCCUCUAGCGGGCUUGAAGAACCUCAGCAGACAAUCAUCUUGAGGACAGCGUUGAAGAGAUCAAGCAGCACAGACAUCCCCUCUGCUACGGAACAAUUGCGCCUAACCAGCGACGAAGAAGUACGGAGGGAUCAGGUCGAUCACGACGAUGUGUUCAUGAUGAAGCUUCCUCAGGCGCCUACAAUGGUGGAUGAAUCUUCUCAGACUGAUCACCCAGCCUUGCUAAACACAGAACAUGAGACUGAGGCUGUAGGGGCAUCUAGACCUCCGACACCUCCGCCUAAAGUCUCUGGAACAGUUGCCAACCAGAAAAGGAGUAGACGCCCAAACCCCCGCAAAAAAUCACCUCCCGCAGCCAACGUCGUAACUCGUGUCCCACUUGUCAAGAACAGAAAAUCUAAGCCUUCGCCAGAAAACAAGCAUGAUCGAGGAGGUGUGAUCAAGAAAGCCCUAAAGACUCUCAGCCCGAGCCAAUCUUCUGCGGCCAUCAAGGAUCUUCACAAAAGUCUUCCUCCGCGCAAGCCUCCUACAUCGAUACCAGCCUCAAACUCUACACGCCGAGGAACUUCAGCAGUUCGUGGUGAUACAACGCCACGAAAACACUUUGGCUUUAUGAGCCAUGGCCAUUCCCCUAUGACAAGUCCAAGUUUGCAGCGUACUACACAUGCAGAAUCCUCAUCUAGCUAUUUUGCGGUACAUGAUCGACGGAGAGACUCGACGGUGUCACAGACCACUGAAACAUAUUCGAUCCAUUCGGUCGAGAGCCGACCAGGAUCUCCUACGUUUACAAGAACCCAUGCCCGUGUUGUGAGUGGGAUCACAAAGACCAAUUCUGAGCUUGCGCUGUCACUGGACGAGACAUCGUCAAGGCUCGAAUCUACAAACGGUACGACUCAUCACGUUCGAUCGCGAUCUUUUGUGCCCAGUCUUUACUCGAUGACAACCAAAGACUCGGCUGAAGCCAUUAUACUGGCGCCCAAGACGCCGAUCCCACGGAAGUCUAUCUACGAAGAUCAAAAUAUGUUGAAUGCCCUUAUCCUUAACGGCAAAGUGCCUGGCAUCUUUCCUGACCGUCAUAUGGUCAGAACAGUCAGGCGAUUUGCAAGAUUUGCAUCCGCUUCAUAUGGGUCCAAUUUUCUGCGAGUUAUGGGACUCACUUCCGCCGAAGGACAACUCAGCAACGCCACUGAUCUAAUGACCUUAGACGUUCAUCAUGAGCACAGUUCCUUUUCCAGUCAUACAGGACUCCCUCCGGACACGAUUCUGCUAUCUUCUUUCUAUGAUCCGAAAGGUGUGACCGGUAAUACAGACUGGUCGCCCUCAGCAAUAUCCCCUUUAAUUCACUUUAUUUCCAUUGAUGACGACUCAAAGGCAGUUGUUUUGACUUGUCGAGGCACUCUUGGAUUCGAGGAUGUCUUGACAGAUAUGACAUGCGAUUAUGACGACUUAGUUUGGCAAGGACGACGCUAUAAAGUACACAAGGGCAUCCAUGCUUCAGCCAGGCGACUCCUAGGUGGCAGCGGAAGUCGUGUUAUGGCGACAAUUAGAGCAACGCUGGAACAAUACCCCGACUAUGGCCUCGUUCUCUGUGGGCAUUCCCUAGGCGGUGCUGUGGCCGCCGUCCUGGCUAUACUGCUCUCGGAACCAUCCUCUGACGGUUCCAAAACUUCAUUUGUUACCGGAAACAAGCCGAAGCUGCUCACAAACCAAACCUCGAACGGUCCUUUCACAUCCUACAUCCCGCCCAUCAGCUUACCAGCUGGUCGACCUAUUCACGUCUACGCUUAUGGCACUCCAGCAUGCAUGUCUGAGCUCCUCCGCGUGGCUACCAGAGGCUUGAUUACAACAGUCGUCAACAAUGCUGAUAUUGUCCCAUGCCUCUCUCUGGGUAUACUUCACGACUUUCGCACCGUCGCCCUUCAUCUCAAGUCAGACACAACAGACGCUCUAGGAGCUCUAAAGACGCGGGUGUGGCAGCGUGUCAGAAACGCAGUAGCGUCUUCCUUUUACAAUAACCCGAAAGGGCCACCUCCGCCCGAGAACAUGGCCGGCGACGGCCUGGGUGAAGACACCUGGGCUUGGUCUGCGCUGAAGACGCUCAGAGCAUCGAUGGUUAAUGACAAGCUUGUUCCACCUGGCGAGGUGUUCGUGGUUGAGACUACCCGAGUGUUUGACAGGCUGGAUCCAAAUGUCGCUCGAGAAGCAGUUUUUGGCCCUGAUGACACCAGAGACUACAGGACUGAAAAAUUGUAUCGAGCCCUUGGCCGGCCUGCAACCAGAGUCCAGUUCAAGUUGGUACGUGACGUCGAGACUCGAUUCGGAGAACUGAGAUUUGGCCGAGACAUGUUUGGCGACCACUCUCCAGGAAGAUAUGAGGCAGCUUUGGCUGCCUUGGAGAAGGGUAUCUGCGAGGAUUGA